ACGUGAGAUCCGCUGUUUUUCCUGUUUUGGUUUACACAACAAGAGUUUAUAACAGUACCCAAGACAAACGCUCAGUAAUGGCUUUACUCGUUCUGUUAUUUUUGUUUGGUCAUGUUUUUAACUUGCAGGUUUCUUCUGCGCCCGUUAGUAAUGUCUCCAAACACCUGCAGAGCGCAUCUAAAUUCUGGCAUAUCUCAGACCUGCACUUGGAUCCGACCUACCAUGUGACAGAAGACCAUACCAAAGUGUGUUUUUCCUCUAAGGGUGUUCCCGCAUUGGACCCUGGAGUGUUUGGCGAUUUCCUCUGUGAUUCUCCAUACCAGCUCAUUCUCUCAGCGUUUAGUUACAUGAAGCAAGUGGACCUGCAGCCUGAGUUCAUUAUAUGGACCGGAGACAGUCCUCCGCAUGUCCCUAAAGAAGAGCUGUCCACUGAUGUAGUGAUCAAUGUGAUUGCUAAUAUGACCCACACCAUACAGCAGUUCUUCCCACAGAUUCCUGUUUAUCCUGCCCUGGGCAACCAUGACUACUGGCCACAGGAUCAGUUCCCAACAUCUGCGAAUGCGAUUUAUGAUGCUGUUGCCAAACUCUGGUCUUCGUGGUUGAAUCCAGCAGCUGUGGCUACUUUGCAGAAAGGAGGCUUUUACUCUCUUGUGAUCAAACCUGGUCUGCGUCUGGUGAGUCUCAACACAAACCUGUACUACAGUCCUAAUGAAGUGACCGUAAACAUGAGCGACCCUGCGGGGCAGUUCCAAUGGCUGCAGGAAACACUUGAGCUGUCAAGACAAAACAUGGAGAAGGUCUAUGUGAUCGCGCACGUCCCCAUCGGUUACCUACCCUUUGCUAAAAAUACGACAGCCAUCCGAGAACACUACAAUGAACAACUGGUCAAAAUAUUUCGCAACUACAGUGAGGUGGUGGAGGGUCAGUUUUAUGGGCACACUCAUCGGGACAGUAUCAUGAUUCUGUUGGAUCAGCAAGGUAAACCUGUGAACUCCAUAUUUGUCACACCUGCUGUUACACCCAUCAAAAGUCAAUCAGAGCCAUUUUCAAACAACCCUGGUGUGCGCGCAUAUCUCUACCAACCUGACAGUUAUGCUUUGCUGGAUAUUUGGCAGUUCUAUCUAAAUCUCACUGAAGCAAACUUGGAGCAAAGGUCUGAGUGGAAGCUGGAAUACACAAUGACUGAGGCGUUUGGUAUCGAUGACAUUCAGCCACGCAGCUUGCAGGAACUCGCACUUAGGUUUGAAAAGCCACAAAGCAAGGCCUUUGACAAGUAUUUUAGCAAUUUUAUGGUAAGCUACAACACAAGUGCAAGAUGUGAGGGUGUCUGCAAGACAAUUCAGGUUUGUGCUGUACACUAUUUGGAUAGAGAGAGCUACUCGCAGUGUAUUGACAAAAGACAGAAGGAUUGAGCUGAUGAUACAAUACUGAGGGAGAUACUUGAUUUGAAACAUUUUUUAACUUGAUCAACUCUAAUCAGGGAACAUUUUAUAUUUAAAGAUUAAUUGGGAACACUCUACUUCAGUGUUUCUCAAACACGUUUCUGAAGGACCACCAACACCGCAUGUUUUGAUGUCUCCUUUGUCUGUCACUCCCAUUACAGGUCUUUGAGUCUCUGCUAAUGAGCUGAUGAUUUGAAUCAGGUGUGUUUGGUUAAGUAGACCUGGAAAAUAUGCAGAGCUGGUGGUCCUCCAGGAUUGUGGUUGAAAAACACUGUUCUACUUGAAAGUGGUGUUCAUAAGACUGUCAUGAAACCUUUAUAAUCUUGACUUAGACUCAACUGUCAUGACAUAAUUCAUAAUUACUGUACAGUGAACCGAUGAAUCCAUAGUGAGGUAAGUGACGUUAUAAAGUACACUGCUGUAGCAUUUGAAGAAGUACCCGACUUGUGUGCUCACAUCCUCUGUGUCCUCACAUCCAAGGACACAAGUCUGAACUUUGGUAUUUGGUACUUGGUAUUUAGAAACAACCAUAGAGUUAAUUGUCAUUCACUCAGUUAUGUCAUUUUAAAUGCAAAGAUGUCACCGUCAUGCAGUGGUGGAAGAGUACUGAAAAAUCAUACUUAAGUAAAAGUACCAUUACUUGCCUAAAAAGGUAGCGCAAGUAGAGUAAAAGUAUCUGUUACCAAUAUUACUCAAAGUAAGAGUAAAAAGUUGCCUUUUCAAAAGUACUCAAGAGUAAUGAGUAUUACACUGUAAAAAGUUGAUGCGUUUACAUGUAAUUUGUGGAUGUGUGUAAACGUAACAUUCUGUAGUGUAUUUAGUUAUUGCCCAGCAGGCACACAACAUCAUAAGAUGUUAAUAUUAAGUUAGAUUUAGGUUGUUAUGUCAGGUGACCAAAAUUCAAUGUCUAGUCAGUGUCCAAGGACAAUGUUAUUUUAAUGUCUAAUAACAACUUCAAAUGACGUUGAUAUUUGGUUUAUUUUAGGUUGAGUUAGAAAGUAACCAAAAUCCAACGUCGAGCCAACAUUUUGAACAAACGUUGACGUCUAAUACUGACAUUUAUUCGUCAGGUAUGGCAACCAAAAUCCAACGCCUGAUAGCGUCCACACAACAUCAAGCCGUAACAUCAUUAGACGUUGAUAUUUGGUUAAUUUUAGGUUAGAUGUUGGACAUUGACGUUGGCCUGACGUUGAGUUCUAACAUCAACCCGAUUUUUAUUUCUAAACAAAAUGCAACGUCCCCAUGACAUUGGGAUACAACUUCAAUCUGACAUCAUGUUGUUGUCUUGUGCCUGCUGGGUGUUUAAGGCCAUUUCAAUCUUCAUACAGUAAACAUCCGUAAUUUUUUCCUCAGUGACAUGCAUCUAAACAGUCUCUCGGUCAAUGCAUGUAAAGAUUUUGGACAUCUUCUUGGACACUUUUAAUGUUUCCAAACAGUUUGCUGCAAUUAUAAGUUGCCCAUGUCUUGAGGUAGUUCAUUAUGAUGC